AUGCAAAUUCACGUGCUCACAGAAGAUAGCCCAGAUGUACAAAUAACAACUGUUAGACGGAGAGGAGGGAUCGUAGAUGAAAAGACUUUGGAUUUUAUUUCAAAACAAAUUCCACAGAAAUCAGCUUCUCUAUCAAUAAAAAUUGAGACACUUCCCAGCGAGCUCAGCUUAAUUCUCCCUAAUGAAAAUCUAUUAAUUCUAAAAAAGAAGCAAACGCUGAUAUCAGGAUUAUCAGCUUUAUUAUCACUGAUUAUAAUCAUUUUUAGCUAUUUAGCAGCUGAAGAAUACUAUUUGCAAGACUACACAUUAAGCCCAUUCAUUACUUCUUGCCGAUUUAUAAUUAUGGCAUCGUCCCUCACACAGGAUGCUUUGAUUUUUUUUUAUUAUUCAAAUCACCUGAGAAUUAAAAAGGCAUAUAAAGAGAUAUCUGAACAUACCACACUUUUUGAAGAUCCUUACAUCAAAAAGCAAAUUAUUUUUGAGAUAUUUGUAUCAAUGAGCUACUUGCUUGAGUACAUGGGUUGCCUUUCCGAAAAUCCAUAAAAAAUGGAUUUUCUGGUCGGCUAUCGGCAAAAAGGAAAAACACGUAGCCUGGGACGUAGCGCCCAAUUUUACGCUAGGGAGUUGCCCAAUAGGUCCUAACGGACUUGGCUGAGCUUCCCCUUUCCGACUUCCGUGCCUCCCUUCCCCACGAGGAAAACCAUCCCUGAAAUUAGACUUGGGCUAGGCUCUGUACACAACCAGAAUUGCUUACCUGGCAUUGCUGUCCAUUUCUGAAAUGCAAAACCCUGCCGGAUAUAAUUAAAAUAUGGCGUCUUCGUCUGGGCAUGGCCUCCCGGCCAUGCAGCCUCGACUCAUAUUUUAAUUAUGAGAUAUUUGUAUCAAUGCCCUUUUAUACCGCCUUUUGCUGAGUGGCAUGGCAAAUUUUAUCAGUUAAAUACUUAUGCAAAACUUUCGCUUGAUGACUUUUUUUUAGUUUUUUCGUUUUUGAGAUUCACUCAUGUGGUAAAAUUUAUGUAUGAGUUUUCUAUUAAUAGUAACCCUAAAACGAAAUUUUAUUGCUCUUUGCAAAAUACUAAAUCAUCAAUCAGCUUUACUUUAAAAUGAAUUAUGAGGACGGCGAAAUUUUUAUCCAUUUUUGUUGUGUCUGCAGGUGUAACUCUUUUAUGUGGGAUGCUUCUUACUCGAUCAUAAAUGGCAUUUUUAAUAAAAGCGUUACGGCAGUUUUUUUAAAAUAAAUUUGUAAUAAAUUUAGUACUUCUUUUUUGUGCCAAAGCAAGAAAAUAUUUAUAAAUAAUUAUAGAAAAUAAAAUAAUUCUAUAGACCCCAUAUUAUUAUUUUGUAUUAAACAAAAAAGAGUUAGGACAUUUGAAAAAGGAAUCCCUGAUACGAAAUUUUCUUAUUUUUGAAACUCUUUUUGAAAUAUUUCUAUUACAGAAGCUACAGUUGGCUAUGGAGAAUAUGUUCCACUAUCACAUCUUGGUAGAAUAAUAUGCGUUUCAAGUGCAAUUUAUGGAAUGUUUAUGUAUUCCUUGAUAAUUAUCAAUGUAAAUGAGAAAGUCAAACUCAGUGAUAAAGAACUUUUAUUGUACAAAAGAAUGAAAUAUAAACAUAAAAUAGCAAGAUUUUUAGCUCCUAUCUCUGCAAGAUUAAUACAAAAAUGGUGAAGGCUUGAUGCUUUAAGGAAAAAGGGAGUUCCCAGACUUAAGGAAGCCAUUGGCUUCCAUGUGGAAUUGAAAAGGUUUCGGUAUGAAAAAACAUUGUGGCACAGCAAAAUUUCUUCUUCCCUAGAAGAACAGAUCAGAGAUGUAGUCAAAAUUUCAAGCACAAAACUAAUCGCAAUAACAAAAUACUUAGAAGGAACUAAUAGCUUUCAGCAAAUUGGAGGACGUUUUGUUUCAAACGAAUAUUCAACGCUGAAUAAGCUGCUUUCUUUCAAAACCAAGCUUGAAAAACUAACAAACAAAGAGCCAACCGCCAAUAAAAAUCGCAUUGUCGCAAUUUCUCGAUACAGAAAAUCUUCCACAGCAAAUGCUAGUGGUGAUGCCACUCCUAGGCGUCAUAUGAAAAUGCUUGGGGAGCUAGCAGUAAAGAAAAUGAUUCAAUCGAGAAUUGACUCGCAUGGGUCUUUUUCAAAUAUAAGCAAUGUUUCAAAUCGGUCGUCGAGACGAAGCUCCAAUGUCUCUAUAAAUCAGUCUUCACGAAGCUCAAUUUCUCGUGAAAGUGAAGGGAUGGGAGAAUCUGUGUAG